AUUUUUCGCCAUUUAUAAUAUUUCAAUAUUGUUGACAUGCUUAUGCGAUAAAUUUAUGUGAAAAAAAACAUAAUAAGCUUACUAAUUAAUUUGAAUAACAACGUGAUAAAAGACGUUUUUGUGUUACAAAGUGAUCUCAAAAAAUAAAAUGGAUUUUAACGAUUUGUUGUCCGUCGCACAGAAGAACAAAGCUCAGAAGCAGGCUAUACCAUGUUAUCAAACAAAAUUUGCACCAUUGAAGAAACAGACCAAACAAUCUAAAGCUCUCUCAGAAAAUAUUAAAAGGUUUUUAGCUCGUAAAGAAGAAGAAGAGAAACAGAAAGCUUUGGAAGAGAAAAGAAAAAAAGAGAACCUUCUAGCAUUGCGAGAUCGCAAAGCUCAAAGUCGGAUAAACAAACACUUGAAAGUAUGUAAAUCAGCAAAUAAGUCAGUGCUUGCAGAUGCAAUUGAUAAUGACAAUACAGCUAUUACUAUAACAGGUCCAUCUCAGCCAGAUGAGGAUGAUUAUGGAUAUGUAUCACAGGAAGCUGCUGCACUUUAUACUCAAUUAAUGAAUAAAUAUAAUAAACUACCUCCAGAGAAACCUAUAUUUAGCAACAAUGAAAAAAGAACAGUAAAUGAUAUUGCAUCUACGAAGGAUAGGUUAAAACAAGCUUUUAAACAACAAGAACUUGGUGGGACUGAUGGACAUAGGCGAAAAAGAAAAAUAACUUCUUUGAAUGUAAGAGAAUCUGAAACAGAUGAAAAACUGGAAACAAAAAAAGUCAAAGAAGAAGAGAAGAAUGAGAAGCCUAAGAUAAAGAAAAAAUUACAGCCACCUCCUAUAGAUUUUGCAGAACUUUUAAAGCUUGCAGAAAAAAAGCAACAUGAACCAGUGUUAGUAGAAGUUAAACCAAAAGUUGAAGAAUUAAGACCAAUGACAAAACGUCAACAGCAAGAAUAUAUGAGAGAAAAAGAAAGAAAGGAACAACGUGAGAAAAAUUCAGAGACAAAUAAAAAAUUAAGCACUAUAAGCACACCUAGUAAACCUAUUAAAACACAAUCGAAUAAGAUUCCCAAAACUAUUCAGAAACCUAUAACAUCAAACACUAACAUACCGGAUAAAAGUAUCUUAAGAACUGCAUUAACUGUCUCUAAAAAAAUUAAUAGCAAACCCAAUGGUAAGCAUAGCUUAGAGAAAACUGACUCAAGCAAAAGUCCAUUGAAGAAUGACUUAUUAGAAGAAAGAAAGAAAUUAGAAGCCGAGAGAAAACAAUUGGAAGAAAUGCGUCGUGUUAUCGAAGAAGAAAGAAAAAAAUUAGCGCAAAGUCAAAAUAAGCAGGAGGAUAGCAAAUCUCAAGUAAAGUCUUCUAAUAAAGUACUGUCUAAAUCUAAAGUUGCAGAUAAACAGGUAUCAUGUAAGGAUGUUAAACCACGGCAGUUUCCACUAGUAGACUUGAAACUACAUUCAUCGCUAAUUAAUGAUAAACCAAAACAAUUUCCAUCAUCUGAUAUUAGGUCCAUGAAAAAUAAGCAGAUUGUUAAGAAACCAUCUGCAUCUAAUAAACGACGUAUGUAUGACGACGAUGAAGAAGAAUAUGACUCAGAUAUGAACGAUUUCAUAGAUGAUGGGCCAGAGGAAGAUAAUGAAGAUUAUAGUAAAUAUAUCAGUGAAAUAUUUGGUUAUGAUAAAAGCAAAUAUAGGCAAAUUGAUGAUGAGGAUGAUGCUGCCAUAGAAAGUAAUUUUGCACAACAGUUAAAAGAAGAAUAUGUAUCUACGAAAAUAGGAAUUAUGGAAGAUUUAGAAGACAUGCGUAUAGAAGCCUUGGAGAAGAAGAGGAAAGAAGAAGAAAAAAAAGCUCUUUUAAAAAAGAAGAUUGGGAAAUAAUAAUAUUUACUCUUACCUUGUUUAUUGAUUGUUAAAAAAAUAUAUUCAUUUAUUUAGAAGAAAAAUUGUUUCCCAACAAGUGUUUUGUACAAAUAACAAAUAUAUAUUACAUUUUCAUCA